UAACUAACCUCAGAGUAAUAAAUAACUAACGUGACAAAGUGACUAACAAUAAUGACAUGACACACAAAUUGAAAACAAACUUACCUACUGAUAAUUAUUCCUAACUGUAAAUAACUAAAAUUGAAGAUAACGUAACUGCUUCGAAAGUUUUGUUUUGUCUAAUCAGCAACCUAAACAUACCAUUGUUUUGACUAUAAUGUAAAAAGUAAUGAGUUUUCCUUACUCACUUUAAAAAGCUGCUAAUUCACAGUUGAGACUGAUAAACAUACAAUGUCUGUUCAAAUUCCCCUUAAGACCAAAGAUUUUUAUAAAAGCAUCUUCAAUAAGUAUGAUAGAAACAGAGAUGGCUUUAUUAGCAUAAAUGAGCUGAAUGAUAUCAUUGAAAGUCGUGAGUAUGAAGAAGAUAUACCUCCUUAUUGUGUGAAGAAAAUCCUUGAGCUGCAUGAUCUUGAUGGAGAUCGAAAAUUGAACUUUGAGGAAUUCUAUGAAAUGAUAAAUAAUCCUGAUUUGCAGUAUGUUUUUGGACACUACUUAAAUAGAUAUAUUAGUUGGAUCAUCCCUCGUAAACAACACCCAACAACAAGAACUGUAACUGAUGGAUUAUAUGAAGAAGAGUAUUCGUGUUACCCUCCGGCAGUUGGCAUGGUUAUCCUUUCUCUAGUACAAAUUAUAUUAUUCUGCAUUGACGAAGCUACUGAGUACAAUUCUACUAAAAGUGCAUCAGGUCCUUGUGCAACUAUAUUUAUUUAUGAACCUCGUCGUAGAAGAGAAAUUUGGAGAUAUGUUACUUACAUGUUUGUUCACAUCGGGGCAUUCCAUUUGGUUGUCAACUUAUUAGUUCAAAUUUUGCUUGGAAUACCAUUGGAGAUGGUACAUCAGUGGUGGCGAGUGUUAAUAGUCUAUUUGGCUGGUGUACUUGCUGGUUCCUUAGGAACAUCUGUUGUUGAUCCUACUGUCAAACUUGCUGGAGCAAGUGGUGGAGUUUACUCAUUGGUGACAGCACAUGUUGCCUCCAUUAUAAUGAACUGGAAAGAGAUGUCAUAUCCAAUAGCCCAGAUGCUUGUUUUUAUCAUAGUAGCUGGCACAGAUAUUGGAACAGCUGUUUACAACCGAUACGUCCUAGAUAUUGAUGAACAUAUUGGAUAUGCUGCUCAUAUUGCAGGUGCUCUAGCAGGAUUACUUGUAGGAAUUAAUGUUUUGAGGAAUCUCAGUGUGACUAGAACUGAGCGGGUUAUUUGGUGGUGUUCCAUAGUGACAUUUAGCCUUUUGAUGGGAGCUUGUUUAGUUUGGAAUUUAGCUGGGAAGAGCUAUUUUCCGGAGGAAAUAUGGAAUUAGCCAGAAACCUAUGUAUUCAGGGCAAUGUGAAGGCAGCGUAUUCAUAUUUUUAUAGGAUCUUUAAAUAAUUAUAACACUUUUCUAUUUUAGGCUAUAAAAUUUCAUUGACAAUUUGAUUUUAUAAAUUCAACAAAAAUAUUCAGCUAGAAGUAGACUGCAGAAAGUUCAUUUUUGAAGGAAACUUCAAUAAGUAUUCCAAGUAAAACAGAGAAAAACAAGUAAUUAAUACUUGUUUGAGUUAGAUGAAUUUAAUUAACAAACUAUGAAAAAUUAUUAUUAUUAUAGUAUCGAAGUUUUUUAAUAUUAUGAAAGUUAAUGUCGAACAUUUUAUACCAGGACGAGUAUAUCCUUUGAAUUUAGUUUAUUUGGCAGCGAAUCUCUAAAAUUUUCUCAGGAACAUUCAGAAAACUUAGUAUCCAAGUAUAUUUUCACAGUAAACCUUGAACUUUUUUCAAGUUUUAUAAUAAAAAACUGCAGGGGUUAUAUUUUGGUUGUUUUUCGGGUUUUGCUGUGGUCUUUGGUUACAAUCUCAAAACACUUCGACUGCAACAGUCAUCUUCAGUAACAUGGUAAUCUUCAAAGUACUCUUCUUGACGUAUCAAAUGAAAGUCAGAUGAAACUGAAGAUGACUAUCGCAGUUGCAGUUGAAACAAUUGGAGAUUGUAACCAAAGACCACGGCAAAACCUGAAAACCCACCAAAACACUGACGCCAGCCGUGAAAGCCUACAUUUGUAUGCAGGAGUUAUUCUUGUUUCACCCAUCAGUAAUAUACUAACUCAAAUUGAUUACUGUAAUAGCUAUUCAUAACCUAGAUACAAAUUCAACAUUUUGAGAAGUCAUACCCUGAGAAGCAUGUCAACAUGUUUUGCAGUAUUUAUGAAAAAGAAUAAUUUAGAAUAGUAAUAACAGUCCUAAAGAAACUUGUUAUUUUCUCGUGAUUAACAUAAUGUAUUCAAUUUUUCCAUUUUCAUUACUAUGAAGGUGAAUAUGAAGCCAUUUUUUCAAAAUUCAAUUUUUUUUUGUUCAACAUAACAUAUUUUAAUCACUAACAGUAUUUUUAUAGUUAUUGAUAAGAAAAUAUUCUAUUAUUUAUAGUAUCUGACCAGAGCUAUAGUUUUGAUAAUAUGUCUAUGUUUAUUUCUUCUACAGGUAAUACUUCCAAAUUAUUAGUUUAGUGGUUGACAAUUUUGUGAUAUAUUUUUUCAUAUUUGUACUGUUAUAUCUGAUAGAUUUUUACAUUUCUUCAAAAUGAUGUGAAGAUAUACCCAUAAGUUAUACUUUAUAUGAUGUUUUAUAGGGAAAUAAGUAAGGAAUUCCAUAUUCAUUCACCACCACUUAAGUGCAAAAUAUAAAAAUUUAAUGGUUAAUUCGAAAGUUAAUAUUUUUAUUAGAAUAGUGAAGUGACUUUCAUAAUGAAUCUCCUGUAUAAAACACAUUCUCACGAAAAGUUCUGUUUUUUGUAUCGAGAGGUGAAAGAAACUUUAAAGUGUAUUAUUUUUUUGGUUGUGGUAGGAGUUAAAAUUUUUUGUCCUAUAUUUAUAAAAGUGUAUUAAUGUUUUGUAUGUUGUAUAUUUUAAGCAAAUAUAUAUUUUUGUACUCAAA